UUACGUUCGAGCUACUUAGUUGAAAAAAUGUUUCUAACGGAUUUGGAAAUUUCGCAAGUUGAUUCACUAAUCGCUGGACCAAUGGUGAUGAAGCACCUAAGCAAUAAGUUAGAGGGCGCAAAAUCAGCAAAAACGGCUCUGGAACAAGCAAUGUAUUCCAGAGAAGUGCUUUACGUUUUACGAGACCAUUGCCCGAAUUACGUUAAAUCGGAAACGUGGACUGUGGUUUGUGAAAUAAUCCAUAACCCAGAUUACUUCACUGGGGAAAAGCCAUUGAAAGAAGGUGAAUGGAAACUGAAGAGAGGUCGUUUUCUGAUGAAAGCCGCUUCGAUCAUGUACGUCUAAAGGAUGCCCGAGCCAUGGAUGUAGAAUCCAAAAAAAUGGAUCUUUUCAAAAAUAUUUUCAAAAACAAGCCCAAGCGUCGAGGCAACAAACAGAGAAAUCGACGUGUCCGUCGCAAAAACCAGAAGCUUAACAAGGAAAAGGUAAAAAAAAAAUUAUAACUUAUCUCUCGAGUAAUUUUUUUUUUAAAUAGGGUUAAUUUUUUUUAACUCUACACUACAAGCAUUAUU